AUGCUAGCCCGAUUCUUGACCUCAAUCACCAUCUCAUCCACCUCCGUCUGGUCAAUCUCAAUCUCGCCAUCUCGGGCCUCGCUUUUAAGUCCAAACCGCGCAAGCUUUCAAGUCCAAUCCACGCCGAAUGACCUCUACUCCAGGCAAAAUGAACCAAGGAUGGGCACAUCGACCUCUUCACCAGACUCAGAAUUGCUACGAGACUCGUGUCCAAUACCUGGAGGAGAUCCGACAGCAGGUUUGCUGGCUGUUGCUCAAUCCAAUCGAAACACACUAUCUCGUUCUCUUACCCGAAGUCUAGGCGCCUACAUCUAUCGUCAUCCCUCCCCAUCAAACUCUAGUUGCUCAUCGGCCUCCUCUCGUCGGAAAAAUACCAAUGAUCCCAACAAUGCAGCUAUGAAACUCGCAGCAUCCGCGGUCCUACCUCGCACUCGUGGUGAUCACCAAAACGACUCUCCUUCCUUUCAUCCUGAAUCUCCUCUUAUGAUCCGUGACGCACGAACUCCACCACUAAGCACCGAGACGGCCGUGAAUACAUUGCCGUUGCCCAUCACUGAACCUGGCCUCUCCCCCCCAGAACCCAGUCCUCCCAUCGAAUUGUCUCAUGGAGAACAAACAAAAAGAUUCCCGGUACGAUCACUCUCGUUAGAUCGGCUACCGCCCUAUGGUCUUACCGCACCCGGCCCAACAACAACCCCCAACGCCACAAGGUUCUUUUUGAACAACCUACCAUCUGUCACAGGCCUCUCAAGUCUAAGACCCGCCGCUGGACCCUCCUCUGUACUGCAGGCAAACAGCUCCCCCUCCCAAUCGCGCUCGUUAGACCAAUUUCCACCCGCUGCUUGCGCCAAGGUUCCCAAAGCGGAACACGCUUCCGUCACCCGCUCUCCACGGACGGAAGUGAACAUUGAUCCUCCUACUCCUAGCUUGACCGCCCCUCCUCCACCGCCUCUACUGCAGCCCGAGGCUGCCUCGCGAUCAGCCGCUUCGUUGGUUGACUUAAAACUGGACAGCUUGAUCGUCCCACCUUCACCGCCUCUACAGCAGCCCAAGACUGCCUCGCGACCAGCAACACCCGCAGCGAAUACACGGCCGGAUUCUCCAACCGUUUUCCCACCACCCUCUGGUUCCGACUUGGAAAUCAUCAACGAUCGAGCUCUUACUCCCACCGAGACCACCAACUACUCUGAAGGGCACUUGAACAGCAUGGUCUCUGCUGAGCCAUCCUCCAAGAUGUCAUCCAACAACCCUCAGUCCUCUCAGCUUACCAUGACCGACCUGAAUUUUUAA